UUAUGGUUAGUGUAUAUAGAACUGGUUUAGUUCCGGUUAUUUAUGUUGUAUAAUCCCUUAGUAUUUAAGCUUAAUCAUGUAUCAUAUUUACACUUUAAUGAAGCAUUUUAUAUCAAAGUCUGUUGAAUCUGAAAUGGUAUCAGAGCAUUUCAUCACCAUGCUUCAUUCAUCUUCUUCCGCAAGCUCGAUUUCUUCAAAUCUCUGAUUGUUUUUCCUUGAUUUCUCCAUUUUCUUCUUCUCCGAUUCAGUCUGUACACCUUGAUAGGUUGUUUUCUCAAAUCGGAUAAGUUUUUCUCCGAUCGUGUUUCAUUCCGAUCGUGUUCUUUGUUUUCAGCUGAUUUCGUCUUCUCCGAUCGUGUUACAUUCCGAUCGUGUUCUUCUUUGUUUCAGUUGAUUUUGUUUUCUCCGAUCAUAUAUAUAUGUUUUGAUCGGUUAAUUUCUCAAUCCCCAUCGCGUUUCAUUCCGAUGGAGUUUCAUUUGUUUUUCAUCUUCAUUGAGCCAUGAUCUCCUCGAAGCUACGUCUGUUUUCUUUCAGUUGAGUAUUAAUUUCUUCGAUUCUUGGUUUGAUUUCUCAGAUUUUAGCUCUUCUCCUUCGAUUUUGAGAUCAGAUUUCCUCGAUCUUUGUUAUUUCUACUUUGAAGAAUGGAUAUCUUAAGGUUCGUGAUCUGUGAGUUCGCCCUAGUUCUCUCCCAGACACGUUUCUCGAGGAGCUGCAAGCUGGGUUCUCAAAUGGCGUUUCUUCACCGGCAAAGCUUCUCUGGCGCUUCCUCCUCCUAACCGGUGUAGUUCUCAUUCUUUUGGGGUUCUCUCAGCAGUUACCGGAGCCCAUUCCGGCGAGUUUUCCGGCUUCCCUUCCGGCAUCUUCCGCUUCUAAUAGCGUGUUCUGUUUCUCUGUUUCAAUGGCUCAAACUUUUUCGAUUUUCCUGCAACACUCUCUUUCCUUUCAGAUGGAUCAGAUUGCUUCUUUGGGACUGAGGCGUUCACCGGCGCUGGUUUCAUCACCGGGUCCUUCCUCUCCUCCGGAUCCGCCAGAGCCCCCAGACCCUCCAGAUCCAUUGUCGUUUCAGAUCCACGUUAAUGUGGUCUCUUGUUCCUUGCUAGUCUUCACCCGAAGCUCCUUACCACCUUGUCACGUUCUGCUCUUCCACCUCACCACCGCACCACGUUAUGUACCUUUCGUCUGCGACUCCCUUGUUGGACCAACAACGAAGUACUCCCUCACCCCCACUUUGUGUCCAUCACGUCAGAUUGUAGAUCUCUGCUCUCUCCCUUUGGUGGCUUCAUUUGGUGUUUUGACACCUUUUGUGGUGUCCUCCUGUGACACUCCCCUUACUGCAGUAUGCAGGUUCUGUUUCGGUCUUGUACCGGUUUCUACCAGGUUUGAUUCUGGCUUUUUAAGCUCUUUCCCUUCAAUCUAUAUGAUUUGUCGGUUGGAUAAUAGAAUCGUUAGCCUCAUUCUGUGGUUUUGUGUUCCUUUUAUGGCCACCUUAGCCUUUAUGAAUGCAAUGGUAGUUUUCAAAGCUUCCAUGGUUUGUUUACCUUGGUUGUGGUGUGGCAUGUUAUGUCACUGUUACUCCUUUGUGGAGUUUUAUGUUCUAUCAAAUUCCCCUUUCGGUGGAAAAAGAUUUAUUGUAGGGAAGAAGAUCUUCUUUGAUGAAGCUAGGCUAACUAUCUCAUGUCUCUUUGAUAUGGAUCGAUGGUCAUCUGAUGUCUUUGAAGUUCCCCUAUCCAACGGCUUUGUCCGUUACUGUUAUGUCACAUUCGCAUUGCUAGUGAAAGAACAUGGCUUGAAGACCUCUUUGGAAGCAAACGGUGUUACCGAUAUUGUUUUGCUUAAUGGUAGUCUUCGUUUGCUUGUUUCUUGGGUUGAGCAUGUAAGCUCCUCUUUAUCUUUAUGUCUCUCCUUGAGUUAUGGCUCUUGUUUAAGCCUUUUGUAUCCUCUCUUUGUAGAGGCAUCACUCUUUUAAGUUGAAUGAAAAUUCUUAGUUUGUCCAAAAAAAAAAAAAAAAAAAAAAAAGGUUCGUGAUCUGUUUCUAGUUGUAUAUCACCUAGCAUUGCUUCUGAUUGUCCAAGCCUAAGUGAUUUUCGAGUUUCUACAAUUGGUUCUCUAUUGGAGCGUAUGCUCAGAUAAGUAUCUUCAUCAAAACAGCAAAUAAUUUGUUCCCACUCUUGUUCUUGGAGCAUAUUCAAUGAUCUAGUAUGAGCAUAUUCAAUUAGAAGAUUCUGGAUUUUUGGUUGAUGACGAUGUGUUCCUCGAGAGGGGGAGCUUCAAUUAGAUCAGUAUAGGUUUAGGCAGAACCAUACUUUUGAUGUUGAUACACGAUGCUUUGAUGGAUUUGAUUUGCAUCUGUGAGUGAUCUUCCUGCGUUUUGCCGUGUUACUAAGAUAAAUUCUUCACUAGAAAUUGUCUCAACAUCACCAACUAUCCUUGACGAUUGCCAUGAGUUUCUGCAUAUGUUGGAUAUGGAUUAUGACGUUGUUGUCAUGUUGAUGCUGAAUUUUGGAGGACUGCAAGUGAUAGCUCCACCUGUAGCUGGUUUGGUUUGUUUCCAUGUCGCAGGUUGUUGUACAGAUCAUGUAAUCAUCUCUGCCAUCACUUGUUCAGGGACAGUUGUGUUCAUUGAAGUCACAUGGCUGUCGCAUGUGAACUGCUUAGGCAUAAGCUUUUACUUUCAUAACAACGGUCAUUCACUACCUCAGUUAUUAUGUGAAACCAAACUUCCUCCUGCUGUUGUUCUCUGCUUCAGCUCUGCAUUUUUUUUUUUCAAGCUAUGUUAUUGCUGGAUUAUAAAUGUGUGCUAGCUCCCUUUACAUCCAGUUCUUCAGGUUGUGUUAUUGUUAUUCAAUAGACAUAACCUUCGUAUGACAAACAACACUGCCUCGUGCCUAGAUGAGUAUGAGAUUGUGAAGUGGUCCCUAAUUGGUUGGACUGCUGUGAGUUCUUAUUGAAACAGAGGUGGUGGUAAGCAUGGAGAAGCUCAGACGAUACUUUGGCUUUCUUGGCCAUAUGAUUUGUUGCUCAUUCUGUUUCAAGCCUCUCCACGUUCACCUGAAGAAUCCGACAACGCUUUGUUUCAUCUCUCUAUAAUCCAGGUUAUGAAAGUUUGGUUGGAGCACAGUUUUUUCAGAAAAGUCCCUUGGAGCACACAAGUUCUUCAAGUCCAAGAUGGAUUACUUCCAUCUUGAGGGGGAGUAUUAGAGUGUAUAUAGUAUUGGUUUAGUUAUGGUCAGUGUAUAUAGAACUGGUUUAGUUCCGGUUAUUUAUGUUGUAUAAUCCCUUAGUAUUUAAGCUUAAUCAUGUAUCAUAUUUACACUUUAAUGAAGCAUUUUAUAUCAAAGUCUGUUGAAUCUGAAAUCUGA